UUGGUUUCUGUUUAUUCUCUUCAGUGACUCUAAGAUAUGUAUGUGUCUGCUUGGAUACUCGAAUCAAGUCAUAUUUGCCAAAACACCACCCAAAACUCGAUCUGUGGAUGUUUCAUUUAGUUGAAGGAUCGAUAAUUUGCGUUUUAUUGGUUUCUGUUUAUUCUCUUCAGUGACUCUAAGAUAUGUAUGUGUCUGCUUGGAUACUCGAAUCAAGUCAUAUUUGCCAAAACACCACCCAAAACUCGAUCUGUGGACGUUUCGUUAGUUGAAGGAGUGAUACGUUACGCUUGUUUGAACACUACCUUCAAUGUACAGCCUUUCGUAAAUUGUGAUUAUGUCCAAAGCGAUCGCAUUCAAUUUAUUUACGGAAUAAGAUUUUGAAAACAAAAUAAAAUGGGAUGGUUUGUUUGAUAUGUUCUGACAUGUAUGACAAGACGGCAAAUGUGACAAAACAACACUGAAUGGUUUUAUAAACAAUGAUGAUUCAACAAAAAGGUGGAAUACACGUAAACCAAACACUGCGGCUUAUACUAAUGUUGUGUUGUAGUCGCAACAAUAAUUCGUUAUAACUGGAGUUCGUUAUAACCGGAGUUCGUCAUAACCAGAGUUCGUUAUUUCAGGAUUCUAAUACUCCGCGUUAUUUUGGAUACAACAUUCUGCAUGCCAAUGUUUUCUCAUUAUCAGAAAUCUCUUAAAUAUUCUACAAUUUCCCCCCCCCCCACAUUUUUCUUCUUAGGAGUUACUCAAAACAUAUUACCAGAGUUGUAAAUUGUUUUCUUGGAUAUACAUUAUUAUGUAUCUGUUGCCAUGGUAACAAAGUUGUACUAUUUUAGAUAAAUCUUCUAACAAACUGGAUUUUGUUUUUCAAAGGAAACCCUGUGGUCAAAGUAACUUAGUGUCUCCACUUUGGUUUUGGAUUAAAAAAAAACAACCCCAAAACCCCAAAACAACAAAACAACAAUGGCAAAGAAUUACCACAAAACUGUCAUCAUAGUAACUAAGUGACGACGAAUACCAUGGCAACCCGAAUUUUACCGAAUAUUCGUCGCGAGCCGACGAUACAGAUGAAGAACCGGUUUCUUUUCGACAUCUACCGGAGGGAAGGAGAGCAAUUCUUCUUCGAGAAUAAGUACAAGGAAGCCAUUGACAGCUAUAAUGCGGCCUUGGAGAUCGACCCAGGCAGCAAGGUUGCGCUGAUGGCGAGGUCGCGGUGUUACUUCGAGAUGGGACUGGUGCAGCGAUCUCUCGUCGACUGCGAGGCCGUCCUAGCUAUGGAGAACACGUACCCCGAUGCAGUGUAUCAGAAAGCUGAGAUCUAUUAUGCACUUGAGAACUACGAGAUGGCGCUGCUGUUUUACCACAGGGGACACAAACUGGGUUACAGAGGAUUCCAGGAGGGGAUCGACCGCUGUAAGGAGCGGGUCAAGCACAACGAAUCAGGCCGCACCAUGAAGCUCACACCAGCCGGGGAUCUUACUAUAUACGUACACAAGAAGAUGCGAAAACUGAGUUCCACGCCACGUGAAGAAAAUAAACAAAAAUUUGGACGAUCGGGGAAAACAAGAAGCCUGUUCCGAGACCCCAGCGUGGUCAGCUAUAAACUGAACUUAUCUCCAAAUCCAUUGGUCCGUCUAGACAAAAAGGAGCGGGCGAGAGCGAGGUCAUACAAACUGGCCAAUCGGCAAGCUCCGUCACACCGAACUGCAGCCAAUCAACGCUCCUAUUCGGACCGCCCCGUGAAUUACAGAAAUGAAACCUCAAACGAAACCAGAGACAAAGAUGAAGUAAUUCAUAGUGAUAGGUCAGGGGUUAAGGAAGGUCAAGGUUACUAUAGCCCAGAUGAGGGAAAAACCAAUGCGGAAUCAAUUAGGGAAACUCUACGGCGAUAA